GGGAAAAUUGGAUAACAUGAAUGGGUGAUAUCCUUUAGCGCACGCUUGGGCCCUGUACGUUCUACAUGCGCUAAAAUUUACUCCCAUGUAAUUUCUCAGCCUCAUCAACUGUACAGUACGGAGUCUUUCAGGCACUGAAUAACUUCUUUGUCUUAUCUCAACACUCUCCAUCAAAAGUUGCGCCAAAUCCGCUCGACCCUUCCACACCUCUCGAUUUCGAAUACAUACUGUAUUGUCCAGUCCUUACCCGUCGUAUGCAUCUGGUAGUCGACAUCAGCCUUCCUAGUUCUUAAGCACCGACGUCAUCUGGACCUCAAAAUCAUUAUACGGCUGUACGACAUCCCUUCGGCCUAGACGCAUAAAGCUCUUUCGGCUUCGGAUCUAUUUCAGACUUUCAUUCUCCAUACAUUCAAUAUCACUAGCCAUCAUCAUGUCUUCAUUCCUCGAGAAGCAACAAGCAGCCUUUGCAAAGGGUAUUCAAAAUACUUCAUCUAAAAUCACAAGCAAGCGUCCCACUGCACCAGUUUCAGUUCCGUCACCCGCUCCAUCAAACACCUCAAAUACAUCGAAGAGUGAGAACAAGGAUCCUAAACGUAAGAGAGAACCCACGAACGUCGUGUACUCUCAGCCUGCUUCCACCGGUUAUGGAACAGAAGCAUUUACACAAGUCACCUACGUUAUCGAAUUCUUGAAGAAGAAAGAUGAGCCCAAAACUUUUCAGGAAAUUCUAGAAUAUUUGAGUCAGGUACACGUUGAGCAGAGCAAGAAACAACUCAUUGCGCAAAUUCUCAGGAGACAUGAUCGAGUUCAAUGGAUCGCAGAUCCUAAGUUAAAAGUACAGGCUUGGGAUUCUGGCACAUUCAAACAUCGGCCUAUCAUCGGUGUUCGUAACAAGGGAGCUUUAUUAUCAUAUCUUCAAAACAAACCUGAUGCUCAAGGUGUCAGUGUUAAGGAUUUAAAGGAUGGUUGGCCAGACUGCGAAGAUGCGAUCAACGAGUUGGAAAAGGAGUACAAGAUUUUGGUUACCAGAACAAAGAAGGAUAAUCAUGCACGAAUGAUUUGGAUCAAUGAUCCUACUUUGAUUCAUCCUGUCGAAUCCGAAUUUCAAGUCAUGUGGCACAGAACGGAACUUCCUAGCGUCGAUGAUCUUGUUCGAAAGCUUCUCGAAAAUGGACAAAAACCUGCCAGUGAAGAUCCAAGUAAGCGUGUCAAGGUGGCUCCGAAGGCAAAGGAAAAGAAGAGAAAGGCUCCAAGAAAGGGUGGUCGUACUACAAAUACUCACAUGGCACAUUUGUUGAACGAUUACUCUCACAUGAAGCGAUAGAUAGGAUGGCAGGGAAAUUGUACCAAAAUAAUGGGACGGCGUUUUUGAAGGAUUUCAAAUAAUACACAGUGGGGGCGUUUGGAUCCAGGGUUUUAAAUGAUGAUUCUUCAUUUGUAAAUCCCUUGACACAUAUGGGAGGGCGGAGACAUGGCUAGGUGGGUGGAAAAUUGGUUCAUACAAUGGCAUUCACAACUUACGGUAGAUGCGUUAUGAAGAUAAACCUCAACAUGCAAUACAUACUUGCAAUACAAACUUGCAAUACAUACUUGCA